UCUACAGCUAUUUAACCUAAAAACAUAUAAAAUGAAUUCUCAAAAACUUUCCACCAACAAUGUUGCGCUCCAAAUGAUUACUUCGGUGACUCUCUUAUUCAUGAGUGUGUAUCUGUCAUUGUUUUUAGACCAUAUUGGAGAAGAGACAAGGUUAUUUUUUCCCGAGCUUAAAAGAUCUGUCGAGAUGGUUCAAGAAUUAAAGCAAGGUGUUAGUGAAGAUUUCUUCUUUUAUCAAUGUAUAUCUAGUAGUGAUGAUAGCUCUGACAGCGAUGAGUAUGAUACUAUUACACAUGAUGGAACGGGUAAUGAUGGUGGUGGAUCUUCUAAUAACGAUGCAGAGAAUAAUAAUAAUGGCAAUGACCGUGAAGAUAACAAUGAUGAUAAUAAUAAUCGUAACAACAAUAAGGAUGAAAAAGAUAAUGAUGACGAUAAGGAUGAGCUUGACGAUGAUGAUCAGGAUGAGGAUGAGGAUCAGGAAGAGGACGAGGAUGUGGACGAUCAAGAUUGUGAUGAAAAUGAUCAUGAAGAAGAUCAAGCACCAAAAAGCAAGAAGCAAAAGGUUGAGAAGGAAAAGGAGAUAGAGGAGGAGAAAGUGGAUGAGGAGGACAAGGGAAAGCAAAAAUAAAAGGAAAAGGGAUAGGAAAAGUGUGAAAUGAAAAUUCAUGCUUGAUUUAAUAAAUAAGACUUAUUUCAUAGUGCA